ACUCAUGCAGAGUACAAAAAUAGUUUUGUUUGAUAGGAAAAAAAAACAGUGGGUCUAGGAAUACUAGCAGUUAAAUGAUGUAGAAUGAAUGAUUCAAAAGUAUGAUGAAAUUUCAUUCCGUGCAUGGAAAAUCUGUGACUCUCACAGAAGGAAAACUAGUGGCCACCAAGUCGGAUGCCUCCUUUUGUCAUGGUAUUGUAUUCAGUGACCAGCCUCUGAAGGUCAACCAGAAGGUGUCAUUUGAGGUCAAAACCACUGAUGCAUGGAGUGGAGGAAUCAGGAUUGGAGUGACCUCAUUUGACCCUGGAAAACUUCAAAGCUCAGAUCUACCUAAGUAUGCCAUUCCAAGUUUGUCUAAAAGGGAAGGAUUUUGGGUGUGUCCGAUAAGUGAAGGUAUAAUCACAUCAGGCUGCAAAGUGACUCUAUAUGUAAACAACAGGGGACAGCUACAGUUUUUUGUCAACAGUGUUUAUAAAGGAGCAUGCCUUAAAGGACUUCCUAUUGGGAAAACCCUGUGGCUGUGCCUCGAUCUUUACGGAAACACAAAAAGUGCCAAGUUCAUUAAAGCAGAUGAUGCCCCUAAGGAGAUUCUGGCUCGUGGACCAGAGGCGGUCCAAGCUUAUGAAGAGGCCUGUAUAUCUGGUACACAACCAGUGUACAGAACCAGACUAAUGCUGGUUGGCCAGGAGCGGGUGGGCAAAACCAGUCUGAAGAGGGCCCUUACCAGACAAAAGCAUAACAAAGAUGAGGAGCAGACAGUCGGGAUAGACUUGUCCAAUUCCUGCUCCUUUAGUUACCUUCAUGACAAAUGGCAAAUGGCUGUACAGGGCGAACAUGAAAAAGAGGCUGAUACACUGGAAGAACAAAAACAGCUAGGAAUUAUGGGAGGUGUAGUGGGUCUCCAAGAAGAGUAUCAUAAGGCAUUAGCAGAAAAUAUUGUGAAGGAACUUAAUCAGCCAAAAUUUAGAAAGGAGGCUUCAAUGAAGGGACGUGCAACAAGCAGAGACAGUGCCAAGUCAACCAGGAAGCCAUUUGACUUGGAGAGUAUAAAGUCUACUUCCUCUGUACAUGGUGCGAUAGCUCACAUUCCAGAGAAAUUGUCACAUAUUCCACCCGAGAUGUUUACUGAUGUCCCAGAACGAGUGGUGCAACUUGUUCAGGAAAUGCUUGACCAAAACCGGGAACCAACUACCUCCAAGAACCAGCCAAAACUCUCCAAAACUUCUUCUUUCAAAAGGCAGUCUAGUUCAUCAAAACCACCCAUUCCAGAACCAACACUUGACAGUUCCUCAGAAGUAGACAAAACUAACAUAGAGAAGAAAGUUGUGCUGAAUAUAUGGGAUUUCUCUGGACAUUCCCUUUAUUAUACAACCCACCAGGUAUUUUUGUCCUCUCGUGCUGUGUACAUGAUUGUUUUUAAUCUUUGCCAUGAUUUAAAAACCACUAGAUCAGAGAACUCCUCUACCGAGGCUUGGAAUACUAUAGAAUACAUGGACUAUUGGCUGAGGACUAUAUAUAGCCACACCUCCCAGAACAGUACCAACACCAUCACUAGCAGUAGGAUUUCUCCUCCUAUCUUAGUGGUGGGAACACACAGAAAUAGUCUGUCAUCUGAUGAGGUGGAGCAGAAGAAACUGGUUGAGGAGAAAUUUGAUGAGCUGAGAACCUUUAUGAUGGACAAACCAUACACCAGACAUUUAAUCACACCAUUUAUAGCCAUAGAAAAUGACAUGGAGGAGGGAGAAGACCCUCAGAUUGGAGAAGUAAGGAAAAUGAUAAAAGAGGCAGCUAGUGAAGAACCAUACAUGGGGGAACAAAUGCCAAUCCGCUGGUUAAAGUUUGAACAAGAGAUUGCUAAACUUGUAGCCGAGGAUACCACUCAUGCUUCCUAUGAUCAGAUUCAGGAGCUGGCCAGUAAUCUGGGUAUUACUGAUGAAAAUGAGAUUAAAAUCAUGGUAAACUUCUACCAUGACCUUGGAGUGUUGAUCCAUUAUGGCAGUUCUGGGACCAUUGACAAUGUUCUUAGGAACACAGUAGUGCUACAGCCCCAUUGGUUGGUGGACAUGUUCAGGUCUAUUGUGCUGGCAAAGCCCAGAAGUGACAAGUGGAGUUUUAGCAAAGAUAAAUGGAAAACAUUUGAGCAGAAAGGAAUUCUGGAUGAUUCUUUAGUGGAUGAUAUCUGGAAGAAGGCAACAAUGCAGAAAACAGUUCUCCUGGGUCUAAUGGAGAAGUUUGAUCUCCUCUGUCCAGCUUACACACAGGCAAAUCAGAGGCCCAAGUAUUAUUUUGUGCCAUCAAGGUUGACCAAUGAGAAUGAUUCAGACAAACGUCUGUAUGCCAACAACCCAAGCAAUGCGGUGUUCUACAUCAACUUCGCUGGUUUUCUACCUGUUGGACUGUUUUACAGAAUUGUUACUAGAACAACAAAAUGGUGUAUAGACAAUACUGGAAAAGAGCCGUACAGCUUGUUGAAAACUCUUGCAAGGUUUUAUUUAGAUGAGGAGCAUGAUUUCGUGUUAGAAAUGGCUCCUCAAAAAUAUCACAGAAUAAAGAUUGUUGUGACCAGGGUCAAUGAUAUGUCAGAAACAAACAAUACAGAUAAUACCAAUUUGUCACCCAAACCAAGUGCUUGUGCCAAAUUAAGAAAUUUUCUAGAAAGUAGUCUUCUAGAGUUGAAAGAGGGCUGGAUGAAGAGAUUAGUCUACUACACCUGUGUGGAAUGUCCAUGUGGGCGACCAUGUUAUCUCCAUGGUGAUGAUAUCUGCAAGGAGGAAGAAUGUUUACAUUUCUUAGAUUUAGACGAAUGCUUAGCAAACAGGAUUGUUUGUUGUGAGCACAGAAGAGUAAAAACUACAUCUAUUAAGCAGUGGUUUCCUGAAACUUUAUCACCAGUUUUUCAAGGUCAUAUCUUGCCAGCCAUUGACCUUGAGGAAUCUUACGGAAACAUUGAAAAACACAGUCCCUUAUUACCAGUGUGGGUCAAAGGUGCUGCUAAGUUACUGAAUUCUGGGGAGGAGAAUCAGGACUGGCUUGCUCUAGCCAAACUCAUGGGUUACAAGGAGCCUCAGAUAGAGAAGUUCCUGGAAGACCUUAACCCAGGUUUGGCCUUGUUAACUGACUGGAUCAUCAGCAGUGGUAAUACAUCACUCUCUGUGGACAUGCUGAUCACAUUCCUGGAGAAGAUGAAUAGAGAUGAUGUGCUAGAGAUCAUUGAGAAGGCUAACGACACAGAUAAGGAUCCACCCCAGCUUUUCAUCAGUUAUCAGUGGGACUCUCAAGACGAAGUCAAGGCUCUCCGAGAUAAGAUGGAGAGGAGCGGGUUUUCCUGCUGGAUGGACAUUGGUCAGAUGGGAGGUGGAGAUUUUCUCAGUGCCAAAAUCGACCAGGGUAUUCGCAACUGUAAGGUGGUGCUUGCCUGUAUAACGCCAAAAUAUGUGGUAUCCCACCAUUGUAACCGAGAGCUGAGUCUGGCCGACCUGCUGAACAAAACCAUUAUCCCCAUUAUGUUUGAGGAGGUACCCUGGCCUCCCCCAGGAGGGAUGUCCCUCAUCUUCUCACAGCUUGUUUACAUUAACAUGAAAGGUGUUGGUGGGCAUGGUGGCACUGGUAUCCAUGCCGACCUGAAAGACAAAUACAAGGAGAUAGUCCAGAAACUGAUGAAUUACGUUGUUCCAGACCUGACAAAGUAUUUUGACACUGAGACUCUGGUCAGUAAACAGUUUUCUAAUGACAACAGUAGUAUAUAUAGUGAGACCCACUCCUUACCAAUAGUGACAGAAUCUACGGUGAAUUAUCAAGGAAUCCAUGAGGCCCGACAGCAUAAUGUGAUAAGACAGGAUGAGGAUUUUCUCCCCCCGCCCCCUCAUUAUCAGGCCAGGGAACAGGUGCCUGUUACCCAGUCUUGUGUUUGUAUUAUUUUAUGAUGAAAAGUACCUGCAUUACCAUAAAAAAUAUUUUGUUUGAAACAUUUGUAUAUACUCAUAAACCAUGCACAUGUCUGGAUGUACACUAAAAACAUCUGAAAUAUAUGACAUGUGUAUUAAAUUUAAAG